AUGGGUGUUCCAAACUUCUAUUCAUGGUUAAUGAGAAGAUAUCCUUUAUGUCUUUAUGAACAUACUCGUGCUUAAAGAGUUGAUUAUCUAUAUCUAGAUAUGAAUCAAAUUAUAUAUAAAUGUGCAACUGAUCCAACUGUAUUAUUUAAAGAUCAAUUAAGAGAACGAGAUUUUGAUGAUGUUUGGGUUUCAAUUAUAAAUUAUCUUGAUAUGAUCAUUAAUUUAGUUAAUCCUUAAGAAUUAUUAUUCUUAGCAUUUGAUGGAGUUGCACCACGUGCUAAAAUGAAUCAAUAACGUCAAAGAAGGUUUUAAUCAUAAAAAAGAUAUAAGUAUUUAAGUGCACAUCUUUAAAAUAUUGGUCUUUUUCAAAAGAAUCAAACAUAUUAAAAUAAUCAAUUCAGUCCUGGAACUGAAUUCAUGACUUAAUUGUAUUCAUAUUCAAAUAUUAAGAAAUCAAUAGAUUAAAUUUUACAUUGAGAGAAAAUAUUCUGAAGAUCCUAAAUUUAGGAAUCUCAAAAUUAUAUUCUCAGGAUGUGAUGUACCAGGAGAAGGAGAACAUAAAUUACUUAGUUUUAUACGUAAUCUGUAAUGCCAUCCAAAUAGUGUUCAUAUGAUUUAUGGAGCAGAUGCAGAUUUAAUUAUGUUAGGCUUACUUACUUAAUUAAAAAAUGUUCUUAUUAUCAGAGAAGAUCUUAAAUUCAAAUAAACUCCUAGUGCUGCAGCUAAUAGAGUUGCUAAAAUACCUGAAUUUUUAGUCAUUAAUAUUUCUAUUGUUAGAGAAUACUUAGAUUUAGAAUUUAUUGUCUUGAAAGAUAAAAUGAAAAUUGCAUAUGAUAUUAAUCGAAUUAUCGAUGAUUUCAUUUUACUUUGCUUCUUUGUUGGAAAUGAUUUUCUACCUAGAAUAUAUUGCUUUGACAUUCGAAUUGGUACUAUUGAACCACUUGUUGAUUUAUUCAAAAAACAUUUAACUAAUGCUAAUGAUUAUAUCGUUUAGAGAGGAGAUAUCAAUUAUAAAGAAUUAUUAAAUCUAUUAGAUCUAUUGUAAGGUUUUGAAAAAUUGUGUAUUAAUGAUAGACAAUAAGAAAUGAUGAAUUAUUUAAACCAUAAACAUGAAAAUAAAUAAAUCAUCAUUAAAGAAAAAGAAUUGAUUGAUAAUAUUUUAAAUCAUUUUUCACAUUAAGAAUAAACUGAGGGUCGUAGAUUCUAUUAUAAAGCAAAAUGUUAAAUUAUUUAAGAUGAUGAUUUAGAUUUAGAAAAACUUCAAGAUAUGUGUGUCAAUUACAUGGAAGGAAUUCAAUUUGUUUUAUGGUAUUACUUUAAAGGAGUUCCUUCAUGGGAAUGGUAUUAUAAAUAUUAUUAUGCCCCUUUAUGUGGAGAUAUUGUUGGAAUUGUUAAAAAUAUCUUAUAAGAAUUACCAGACACUGAACAACCAAUUUAAUUUCCAAAGAGUUAACCAUAUCCUCCUUUUAAAUAACUACUUAGUAUCUUAACUCCUGAAAAUGCUAUGCUCUUACCAGAACCUUAUGGUAAACUCUUAACUGAUAAAGAAAAUUCUAUUCUUAGAACACCUAACGAUUAUUAUCCAGAAAAUUUUGAAACUGAUUCAUAUGGUACCAUGUAUGAACAUUAACAUAUUACAAAAAUCCCUUUUUUGGAUUGUGCUCUAAUUGAAUAAGCAUAUAAUUCAAUUCCUGAUACGAAUGAUUUAAGAAAUCGAUUAGGAUAAUCUAUUUUCUAUUAAUUUGAUGCAAACCAAUAAUAAAUUUACGAAUCUACAUUACCUAAACAUUUUAGUAAUUUUAAAUCUUGCUCUAAGAAAUAAUUUAUUGAUAUUGAUGAGAGAGAAUAAUGUUAAAUUACUUGGGAAUAAUAAUAAUAAUAAUAAUAAUAAUAAUAAUAAUAAUAAUAAUAAUAAUAAUAAUAAUAAUUUAUUGAAAAAUUUGAAAAUUCCUUUUAAGUUCCUACUCUAUAAAUAAUCAAUAUAAAAUCAACAAAAUUAAUUAACAUCUAAUAACAUGAGGAUGAUAUGAAGAAAUUUGAAAAUUAAUACUUACUAUUAGAAUUACAAUCAGUUAAAUUUGAUUCCAAAUAAUUUUUUGAAUAUAUUACUAAAAAUAAAAACUUUGUCUAUUGUGGAUUUCCCUUACAAUAGUAAUGUGAAGUUUUAGCUAUUAUUGGACCUGAUUAUUUAAAUCUACUUGAAGGAAUUAAAAUGCAAUCAAUAAAUUUAUUAAAAGAUUACAGCAAGAAGGAUCAUAAUAAAAUAUAUAAAGAAAUAAGGAAUAAAAGCUUAAAUUAAUAUGAGAAAUACAUGAAAUUAGAUAGCCAAGUAUUUGUUAUUGUAAAAUAAUAUAAACAUUUAGUACGAGAUAACAAUAAUUAAUUAAGUUACCCAUAAGAAUAAUAUAGAGAGUUAGUAUAUCCUUAUGAAUUUGUAUUUGUAGAUUAGAAGGUUAAAUUUAUUAAUCCAAAAUUUGAAGAUUUCUAAUUAGAUAGAUAAGUUGUUAUUUUUCAUGAAAAAAAGAAUGGAGCAAAUGGAAUAAUAAAAUAAAUUGAUAAAAAGCUCACAAUACAAAUAACAGCUUAUCCAAUUCUUUUAGGAUAUGAUUAUAUUCACUCUGAUAUUUAUUAUUCUUUAUAAAUAGUUAGUGGAAAACUUUAAUGUUCAGUAAAGACUUUGUUAAACUUACUUGGAAGUAUUGUAGUAAAUAUGGAAGAUAAAGAAUCUAAAAUAGCUGAUUAAUUAGACAUUGGACUAAAUAUAAUAAAUAGAACUAAUAAUUAAUUAGUACCUGAAUUAGUAAGAUUACCUUAAGCUGAUUAAUAUGCAACUGGUCCAUCUAAAUAUUAAAAAUUUAAUGAUUUAGAAUUAUCUGAAAAGUGUGUUACUAUUUUAUGCGAAUAUCGAAAUUAAUGUUCAAGAGUUUAAUAGUAUCUUAAUUAAUUGAAUGAAAAUUAAAGAAAUUAACCAAUUAAUGCUAAGGAUUUAUUUCCUAAUUCUGUUGAUCCUAAUAUUGAUCUACUUAAAAUCUAUAUUUGGAUCUUAUAAUUACCUGAAUCCUAAUAUCUAUUAUAAGGUAGUUCAUCCAAAGUGGCUGAAAUAAAGAUUCAUAAAAAAUAAAUUCAAAAUAAUAAUGUUAAUACUACAAAAAAAGUAGAUCCUGGCUUUGCUAUUCAAUAAACUAAUCAAACUUUUCUUCCUCCAUUUUUUAUUAAACAUCCUACUAUUCAUAAAAUAGGAGAUAGAGUUGUUAAUUUAAAUUAUCCAUUUGGCAUUUAUGGAACUGUUGUUGGAUUAUUAGAAUAAAAAGAAAUUAUGGUUUAAGUCUUAUGGGAUUAAAAGUUUAUAGGUUUCAGUAAUCUUGGAGGAAGAUAUGAUUUAUUAUCAUGUUCAACUUGUAAAUUUACAGAAAUCUUUAAUCUAUCUAAUGAAGAUUGGAGAUUGAAUCUUGCAAAAAAAGGAUGUCAUCAAGGAGAAUCUUGGGAUUUAUGGACUAAAGUAUAUAAACCUGAUUUCAAAUCUAGAGCUAUUGAAUGUAAUGAACAAUUAAAAGAAUAAAAUCCAUUCAAUUAAUUAGUUGAAUUACCAGCUGAAAUUAAACCUAAAGUUUUAGUUAAAGAUAAAGAUAAAGAUACACCUUAAGUAUUAGAAUUUAUCUAAAAACUUGCUUAAGAAUAACCUAAUUUAAUUACAAAUUAACCUCUAUAAGGAAUUAAAGGAGAAUUGAUUGAAUAGAAUGAAUAUGCAGCACAAAAAGAAAUUUAAAAAUUGUUUUCCAUUUAAUAAUAAAUUGAUUAAAAAUCUUAAGUAGAAUAAUAGUAAACAUAAUCAUUCAAAAAUAAUGAAGAUCAUUCAAAGGUAUUACAAGAAUAAAAAGAAGAGGUUGAUGAAAAAUAACUACCUCAAUAAUAAAUCAAAUCAUUAAGUUAGCCAGUCAAAAAGGUAUUAACCAAAAAAAAGGAUUUACAAUGA